UUUGCGCUCGAAAUGUAAAGCGACAAAAAUCUUAUCAGCUAUGGCGCUGAAGUUGGCAGUCCGGUUCCCUUUCCUGGCGCCAGACCCCAACCCCAGUUCUUCUCAGCCCCCACCGCAUCGGCCGUCUUCGGAAGUUCGGUUCUCUCGGUGGAACAACGCCAACGCCGAGAGAUUCAACAUUCGUCGACGGACGCAGCAGCAAAUCGAAGAUGAUAUCCGCCGCGAGCGCCGCUUCGACUCUGCUAACAAGAUUGCCAAUAUGGAUGACGAUUCUUCUCCUACUUCUUCAUCGGUUGAAACAUUCAGGUCCAUUGGUACACCUUCCGCUCCUUCCAGACCCUCAAUCCCUGGGAAAAAAUCCAAGUACUCCAAGCCCCCAAAACCCAGUGUGGAAUCUCACCCAGCUUUUCGGUAUUCCAAUAUACCUAAUCCCAGAGAAACACCAGUUGUGCGCACACCUCCUAAUGUUAAAGUGGCAGAUGAUGGAGUCACCUAUGUGAUUGACGGCGCUCCAUUUGAAUUCAAGUACAGCUACACCGAGACUCCGAAAGUGAAGCCCCUAAAGAUGCGGGAACCGCCGUUCGUCCCUUUCGGUCCGACCACGGUGCCGCGCCCGUGGACCGGUCGAGCUCCGUUGCCCCCAAGCAAGAAGAAGCUGAAGGAAUUCGAUUCGUUCGUGCUACCGCCUCCGCAUAAGAAGGGAGUUAAGCCGGUUCAGAAGCCCGGUCCUUUUUUACCCGGGACGGGCCCUAGGUACGUGCAGUCGAGAGAGGAGGUCCUGGGCGCGCCAUUGACACAAGAGGAGAUCGAUGAAUUGGUUAAAGGGUGUAGGAAAACAAAAAGACAGCUAAACAUUGGCAGGGAUGGUUUGACACAUAACAUGUUGGACAACAUACAUGCUCACUGGAAACGGCGGAGGGUGUGCAAGAUAAAGUGCAAAGGGGUUUGCACCGUUGACAUGAAUAAUGUGUGCCAGCAGUUAGAGGAAAGGACUGGAGGGAAAAUUAUUUACAGAAAGGGUGGCGUUCUAUACCUCUUCCGAGGUAGGAAUUACAAUUACAAAACACGACCUCGGUUCCCUCUCAUGCUGUGGAAACCUAUCCCUCCAGUAUAUCCGAGGUUAGUUCAGCGAACUCCAGCAGGUCUAACUCUUGAAGAGGCAACUGAAAUGCGUAAAAAGGGAAGACAACUUAUUCCCAUACGCAAACUAGCAAAAAAUGGGGUUUACUGUGACCUCGUAAGAAAUGUAAGGGAGGCAUUUGAAGAGUGUGAACUAGUUCGUAUUAAUUGUCAGGGACUGAAUCCAAGCGACUACAGAAGAAUUGGAGCAAAGCUCAAGGAUCUUGUUCCAUGUGUACUGCUAUCAUUUGAAAAUGAGCACAUACUUAUGUGGAGAGGACGAGAUUGGGUUUCUGCUUUACCACGUCUUAGUGAUAACAGCAAGGAAGCUAACAAAAGUGGUUCCAACAUUAAGAACUCCAAUACAUUGCCUCCAGAUGCUCUAGAAGAACAUGCAAGCCCUGAAGAGCGUGACUCCAGCAUUUCCCAGAGUUCAGGGGAUGUGAGUACACAGAAGGUUGAGGUGCCAUAUCCCACGGAAGACAUCAGCCUGUCUGGGUCUGUAUUUACUGAUGCAACUUCACUUGUUAAGAGAACCAAUGAAGUUGAAGUCACAACAGAGUUCCAUGGCUCCUGCGAGGAGCUGGAUCCUAGCAUGAACCCUAGUCCAGUUACAACCUCAUCUGAUUAUAAUAGAUGCUCCAAAAGUGAUGAGGAAGUUAUCAUUGAGGAGGAUGAAACUAGUGAUAAUUCUAGUGAGGCCAAGGUAGAUCCUGCGCCAUGUACAAAAGGCAUUUUAUUACUGUUGGAGCAAGCUGUUGAGAGCGGGAGUGCGCUUAUUUUAGAUGAUGGAUCUUUGGAUGCUGAUAUUGUUUAUCGAAGAUCCGUUGCCUUAGCCAAAUCAGCUCCUCCUCUACCGGAAUUUAGGCUUCCGCAUAGAAAAACCAUGGUUCAGAAAAGUGAUACUGGCACGGACGAGCAGGAAAUUAGGAGCUCAGAUAAGAAAGAAAUGAGUGAUUCGUCGAUGAAAGGUAAGGAGAAGAGUAUUAAAAUUCGAAGAAAAGAAGAUUUUGAUGGGCCGUGUUUGAAUGUAGUACCACAGGGAACAUUAGGUGUCGAUGAGCUUGCAAAGCUUUUGACAUGAUAGAGAUUUAUAUUGUACAUUUGUUAGCAGUAUUGUUUUUUUUUUUCCCUCAUUCAGCUGCUAGCAUUCUUCUGUGUAUUUUUCAUUUGGUUAGAGCAUGUUGGUUCAUCUUUUA